AUGGAGGUCCAGGCGCAGCCGGUGACCAAGCGGCGCCUCCUGCGCGCGUACUUCGACAUUGUAAAGGACAUCGACGCCAGGGAGGACAAGUACGCCGACAUGAGCGACGAGGAGCUGAAGGCCGUCACCGAGACCCUGAAGGCGCGCAUCAAGAAGGCCUGCGCGGGCGCACAGUCGGAGGCCGCAGCGGACCGGGCGAUGAAGCGCGCCCUGGACGACGUGCUGCCGGAUGCGUUCGCGGUCGUGCGCGAGGCGGCAGACCGCGUGCUGGGCAAACGCCACUUCGCCGUGCAGUUGGUGGGCGGCCUGUGCCUGCACGACGGCAACGUAGCCGAGAUGCGGACCGGCGAGGGCAAGACGCUCGUGGCCACGCUGCCCGCGUACCUGAACGCGCUGAGCGGCACGCCGGUGCACGUCGUGACCGUGAACGAAUACCUGGCCAAGCGCGACGCCAAGGAGAUGGGCAAGGUGUUUGCUGCCCUGGGGCUGACCUGCGACUACGUCGUUGACUCGUUCAACCCGCAACGGAAGAGGCAGGCGUACGCGUGCGACAUCGUGUACAUGACGGCGAGUCAGCUGUGCUUCGACUACCUGCGGGACCGCUCGGACUUGGAGGCGGUGUACGGGGUGACGCUCAACGCGCGGCCGCUCGGCAUGGCCAUCGUCGACGAAGCCGACUCCGUCCUCCUCGAUCAGGCCUCCAUUCCGUGCAUCCUGUCGAACCCAGCGGUGCCGUCUGAGGAGGCGAUCGAACGGUGGCAGCAAGUCACGAUGGUGGCCCGGCAGCUGAAAGGCGAGAAGGUGAAGAACUCAGUGGCCGCCAAGGACCUCCCCCCCGACACAGACUUCUACGUCGUGGAGCGCGACCAAACGGUCGGGCUGACUCCGCAGGGCGUCGAGCGCUGCGAGGACAUGCUCGGCAUCACCCGCGGGAGGCUGUUCGAGCGCAUUGAUGGCACCGGCAACGACGAUGACGACGACGAUCCAGCCAUUCCGGUGGAGACGUGGUCGACAUACCUGCUUGCGAGCCUCAAGGCGCAGAAGCUGUACAUCAAAGGCCGCGACUACAUCAUCAUGGACGAGGACGGCGAGGGCCACGCGAUGCUCGUUGACCAGAACACCGGGCGUGUCCUACCGCGCACGCGACUGAUGCAGUCCAUGCACCAGGCUCUCGAGGCCAAAGAAGGCCUAAAAAUUGGGUCGUCCAGCGAAGUCAUCGCGCAGGUCACCUACCAGACCUACUUUGGGUACUACAAGCAGCUGUCUGGCAUGACUGGCACCGCCCUGCCCGCGGAACGAGAGUUCGAAAGCGUCUACAAGCUUCCCGUCAUUCCCGUGCCGCCAAACAGACCGCGCCGACGCGUGGACGAACCUCCGGAGCUGUUCCGGGAGUACAUGCCGGAGUACGACGGUUUCUUGCCGCCCAUAGCGAAGUACACGCGCAGUGAGGUUCAAGACCUGCAGGGGAAGAAGCUGCCCGUGCUGAUUGGCACGGCGAGCAUCAACCAGUCCUACGCGAUCGCACAGGCGCUCCAGGACUGCGCGGAGUGCAAGGUGCUGAACGCGAGCCCGGAGAACGUGGCGAAGGAGGCGGAGAUCAUUGCGCAGGCGGGCCGCGCAAGUGCCGUGACGAUCGCGACGAGCAUCGCAGGGCGAGGCACGGACAUCCUUCUCGGUGGAAACGCGGCCGGGCUGGCCGAGAGGACUGUGUUCGGGGUGAUCGACAGCCUCCUGACCACCACCAGGGAAGACGCGCUGAAAAUCAUGUCCCACUGGAAGUCGUCAGCCGACCGCGACGACGUCGUUCGGUUCACGCUGCUCAAGGACGCCACUUCCAGGGACAUCGCUGACUGGGAGCCGCAGCUCCUCGUGCGGCACGCGGACAUUGCCGAGGACCCCUCGUACUAUCAAGAGAUCGGAGUGAACGCCACGGAGCUGGUGCGCCUGCGAGAACAGCAGGACCGGUGCCAGAGUGAGUUCGACAACGUCCUGCCCUACGCCACCCAGGCCUUGUCCGACCUGCUCGCCAAGGCUUCGCUGCUGGGGACCGGGCUGCGCGACAUGGAGGCGCGGAGGGGGCUGCUGCUGAUCGACGCGCCCGAUACACUCAAGGACGACGUGCGGGAUCUCUGGGCCGAGACGCAGCGCAGGGUUUCGGUGCUGCGUCGGCAGCGGCACACAAGGGUCGUCAGGCGGAGGGGCUCGAUCGACCGGAUGUAUGCUGGGUUCGACACGUGGCAGGCGCUCCUCGACAAGAAGCGCGCCCGCCUCAUUUGGGGCAAUGAGAAGCACCCGUGGGACGCGCUGCCGGAGCGGGCGUUGGAUGUCCAGCGCGAGCGAAGCCCGGGCGUGGAGCCUUCGGAGACGUACGCGCAGAUGGUGAGCGCCGCAGUGAAGGCGCUCGGAGCCAUGGAGCUGCUCUACGACGCGGUGUGCGGCUUCGAGAAGGCGUACAUUGUUUCCAAGGGCGGCCUCACCGUGAUCAACGUGGGCAUGCAGCCCAACCUGCGGUCGACGCAGCAGCUGCUUGGCCGCUGUGCUCGCCAAGGCGACCCUGGGAGGACCAUGCAGUGGGUCAGCGCGGACGAUCCGGACUUGCUGCUGUAUGCAGCUGAGGACAUUCUUGUCGUGAAGGCCUUCAUGCCAAAGACGGUGAUCAUAGAGGAAUAUAAUCUCCUCACUGGUAACGAAAAAGCGCGGAAGAUCAUUCACUCGGCCCAGGAGAGAUACGAGGGGCGCGACGAGGCGUCGCGACGAAACAGCAUCAAGUACGACCGGAUCCUCGAGGUGUUCCGCCAGCAGCACUUCGGGCUGCGGCUGUCCCUGACGUCAGGCACGAAGGAGCAAGUCCACUCCUUUGUGCACGCUUGCAUCCAGUACUACGUCGACACGGCAGUCGGAAACACGUGCAGCCCCUCGCGCCCGCCGUCGGAGUGGGACGCCGAGGCCCUGUCGUCUGCACUCGCCGCGCUGACGGAGGCCGACCCAAAGCACGACAUCAUCUGUGGGGAGCCCGUUUUCGAGUGUGGCGGGUACUUCCGCCACGUGGCGAAGCGAAGCCGCGCCGGUGCAGUGUCCCUCCUGACAGAGUGCCUCGCGCUCUCGCCGGCGGGCCUGCGCGGCGUGUUUUGGCGGGUGGCACGCAACGAGGAGCUUGCCAUCCCCGCGGGCUCGUUCGCGACGAGGACCCCGGUCGGUUACGAGUGGCUGAUGAAGCGCCGCGCACUCGUGCGCCCGCACGACGUCGUGUGGGCCGGGGCGGGCGCCAAAACGGCCCCGCGCGUUGCUGCCAGCAAGGACGCCAAGGGCCUCGCCGGGGCGCCGACGUUCGCGCGUCCGCCCGUCCCGGUCGGGCGGUACGCGGCGGAGGUCCGUGCCCUGCGGGACUGGCUCGGCGAGAUCUGUUGCAUUUUGAUGAUCCAGCGGCUGGGGAUCCUGACCCUGUUCUGCGAGUACAUGCCGCUCAAGUCGGAGAUGCUGCAGCGCGCCGUGGAGGAGCUCGAGGAGGCGUGGAAGGUGGUCCUCGCGCACUCGGACUCGACGCGCGCCGCGAGCGGCCUGCGGUCCUUCGGGAACCUCAAGCCCCUGGACGAGUACAACGUCGCGAUGGCGGAGGCGUUCGAGAGCGUCACGCGGGCGGCGUACAACCGCAUCGCGGUGUCGUGCAUGACGAUGGGCGUCCGUGCGGAGUACUCGGUUCUGCGGGCCCUCCCCGACGAGAAGGAGUUGAAGCGCGCGGAGAACAUGCGGGAGGUCGCGCGGGCCGACGAGGAGCUGCGGCAGAAGCUGGCGAGGGAGGUUGAGGAGGCGGAGAAGGCGGAGAAGGCCGCGGAGGCCGCGGAGGGCCUGGAGUUCGCGUACAACCUGCAGCCGACGGGCCCGGACGGGAAGCCAAUGAACGUCAACUACGUGCGGUUCUUCCUGCGGAUGUUCCGCGCGAAGGAGAAGUCGGACGGCAGCCAGGACCUGCUGCGGCUCGCGAGGGACGCGAACGUGGAGAUCGACCAGCUGCGGGCGGACCUGCGUGCGUACAAGGAGUUCUACGAGCGGCGGGGGGGCGCAGGGACGGCCGCGCCGGACGCCGCGGACAUACCUGACGACGUGCCGGUGCUGUCCGACGACGACCUGGUGCGACCCCGACCGAGCGGGCAGGUCUACGUCACUGGGCAGGGCUACAUGGACGCGGAGACGAUGGCAAGGGCCACGUCUCUGGAGCAGGGCCCCGCAGAGCAGGGCUCUGACGCGACGGACGAGGAGGAUGGCGAGCAAGGCACGGAUCGUCCGGACGUACUGGGGGACGGCGACGAUGCGGCCGGUGGGAACGUGAAUGGAUCGGGCAAGCAGCGGCGAUGGAAGCCAAACGUGUACGACGGGCAGGGCUGA